AUGGCGCGCGACGAAGACAAGCCAAUUGGAAUGAUCAACCCUGCGACUGACGACAAUGCCGAUACCACUGUGGAAAAUGGAAAACCGACUACACGUACUGCCAACCACGAUGAUCCGGUCGAGGAGCGCGCAUCUGCAGGAGACGCUGCACCAAAUCCCAAAAACGACGGUAAGAUGACCAUUGCGCCGCCGGGCUCAUCGAGCACUCCCUCAGAUCUGGAGAAGUUACAUAUCCUCCUGACCUACUCUACUCUUCUGGCCCUCACGAGAGACGCUUCACGGCCAGUCGUCGACCUGAACAUGGAAGCUCAAGUUCGACAGCUAGAUGCAUUCCUAGCUGGAGAUGUCACUGAAGACGGUGUCGCGAUACACUGGUCUGCCAGAAGUCAGGGUGCUGAACGACUUUCGCGUUAUGAAAAGUUAUGCAACGAACUCGUCCCCAACCUGAUCGUUGCGAUCGAGAAACAGUCGCAAGUCAACCUGAACACGGAGCCAAAGAAUCGUGUCAAUGGCGAAAAAAAUUCCGAGCACCGAUCUUUCUAUGAGCUCUUUCUAACACCAAACCUGGUGACCAUGUACGGAAAGCUGAUUGAGAAGAUGAGGAAGAAGGAUAUGAGCAUGAACCCUGAUUUCGAUCCUUGGACGGACGCGGUGAAGUAUGGCAAGCUAAUACAGCUUUUCAAAACCAUCUAUGACCAUCAGUACGACUUUACAAAUUGGCAGCACACGCGACCCGAGCCGGUCUUCAACCAGACGCCUCGCCGGGAAGCCGAGGAGUUCAUGCGCGUGAUGGACAAUCGUGAUCAGAUCCGAGUUUAUCACUGUAUCGUCACUCCACUCGGGAAAGUCUUUUCACAGUUGGACGCUAUUCCUGAGAUCGCAAUCAAGUAUAGCCACGAACAACUUGCGAAGAUGUGGCGCAACAAGACGCGUCCGAAGUAUCUGAUCCCCGACCCUGCCUUCGUCACAAUUCCCGCCAAGCAAAAAGACAAGACCUGGGCGAAUCCUGAUGGUGUUGGCAAAGUCUGGACGCGCGGGAAUCUGAGUUGGUCGACCAUUUUCAAGUUUAUGGUCUUCGACAAGGCAACGAACGCAUACAUCCACGACCAUGUCGUUGACAUUGAUGUCUUGGACCAGAUCAAUCUCAACGACGAGACUUGGGUGAACCGAUAUCGGAAGAAGAUAUCUCAGUGGCGCAGCCGUGCGACCGGAGAAUCGACAAAAGUCCACGAUCAAUGGGAUGAUGAAGAGCGUGUCUUGGUGUACCAUUUCUCAAACAACUGGGUCAUGGAGAAUGGUAUCGACAAGUUUGUUCCUCGGAUAUGGGAUGGCGAGAAGCACAGUCUCAUGGCUGCCGUGAACAAGGCUGGCCGUGUGCGCACGGCAGAGUCGGUUUGUGCUUGGGCGAAGAGGCAGAUGACCGACAAGCCAAACGAGCCUCUGGGUUUGCUUUACGCUGAAGGCCAGAGAAUUGCUACACGUGUUGACGCUGGCGAAAUCGUUCCGGACGACGAGCGUUACCCGGAUGAAGCUAUCGAUAUCGCUAGCUUCCUGCCCAAAUCACAGCCUAGGAAGUCUUCCAUCCUCAAGCAACCCAAUAUCGAUCACUAUCAGAAGCGGAAGCGUGAAUCUGAUGCGUCCGAUUCUCUUGAUAAAUUGAUGAGCGACUCUAGUAACUUCAACCUCGACGGCGACUCCGACCAGGAUGUCGAUCUAGCGAUGCAGACCACCGAUGGCAACUUUCAUGACGACGAUCCGCCUCCUUCUCCACCCAGACUCAGCAAGCGACCAAAGCUCACCACUCAAGAUAAGAAGGAUAUAAGUAGAGAUGACGAAGAGCAAAAAGCCAGCUUCGCAAGCUGA